UUUUAUACAUUUUCACCACGGGGUUUUGAUUUGGCUUAUCAACUAUAAACUUGUUGUUUUAUUUUUUUCACUUUGGAGGUCCAGAACAAUGUCAAGUGUCCGCUGAGCUGCUGUUGGGAGAAGUUUAUCUGAAUAUUUUACCGGCGACUUCAGAGGUAAAGUCGCUCAUUUGGAAGUCGUUUGGUUUUGCUUUCGAACGUGGAAUCGGUGCGUUCAGUCGCGAUGCUGAAUCUGCUGGUUGGACUGUUGUCCCUGCUCAGUGGACACACGGCCCGAACCCAGGAUGCCACAGGUAGCCGCUUCGUUUGUAACGCCAUCCCCCCGGGCGCUGAGCCGGGCUGCGGAUACUUUUCUGCGGUGAACCGCGUCCAGAGCAGCAGCCCCGUAGAGGACGAGCUGCGGAACACGAUCCUCCAGCUGCGGGAGACCAUCCUGCAGCAGAAGGAGACCAUCGGGAGCCAGCAGGGGACCAUCAAGGAGCUGAACUCCAAGCUGGCGCGCUGCGAGGCGUCGGCCGAUGUGUCGCCCCAGGGCAAGUCCCGGGGUCAGGGCUCCAGGCGGAAGGAGCUCGGCAAGAACACCAUGGGGGACCUGCCCCGGGACCCCGGCGAUUCCGUUGAUCAGCUCGGCAAGACCAUGCAGAGUCUCAAGGGUCGGCUGGAGAACUUGGAGCAGCAAAGUUUGCGUCUCCCCAGCACCAAUGUGUCAGCUGGAGGUGUCUCUGCCAUGACUCCCCUGCCCCCCGAGCUGCGGGAGCUGCUGCGGCUGCGUCUCGGGGCGCUGGAGAGCCAGCUCCUCCGGAAGGUGGCCGAGCUGGAGGAGGAGAAGAGCCAGCUCUACAAUGAAACAGCGGCCCACCGCCAACGCACAGAGAGCGCUCUCAAUUCCCUCCUGGAGAGGAUCACUGAGCUGGAGAAAAGUAACAAUGCCUUCAAGUCCCCUGAGGAUUUCAAGGUGGCCCUCCCUCUUCGUACCAACUACCUGUAUGGCCGCAUCAAGAAGAGCCUCCCGGAAAUGUACGCCUUCACUGUGUGCAUGUGGCUCAAGUCCAGCGCCAGUCCCGGCAUCGGCACCCCGUUCUCCUACGGCGUGCCGGGCCAGGCCAAUGAGAUCGUCCUCAUCGAGUGGGGGAACAACCCCAUCGAGCUGCUGGUCAAUGACAAGGUGGCCCAGCUCCCUUUGUCCGUGAGUGACGGGCGCUGGCAUCACAUCUGCAUCACGUGGACGACCAGAGACGGCUUCUGGGAGGCGUACCAGGAUGGCGAGCGUCUAGGCACCGGUGACAACCUGGCCCCCUGGCACCCAAUUAAACCUGGAGGGGUGAUCAUCCUGGGACAGGAGCAGGACGUGGUCGGAGGCCGCUUCGACGCCACGCAGGCCUUCGUGGGCGAGCUGAGCCAGUUCAACAUGUGGGACCGGGUGCUGCGGCCCGUGGACAUCGUGGCUCUGGCCAACUGCUCGGCCUACAUGCCCGGCAACGUGGUUCCGUGGAUUGACGCCAACGUGGAAGUGUUCGGUGGCGCAAGCAAAGCCGCUCUGGAGAUCUGCGAAGAUCGAGCUUUCGAGUCCUAAAGGAUCUAACGUAAACCAGCCGGGCCACUGGGACGGAGGAAGUGUUCUGACUGCCCGCUGCUUCUGUCAAAUCCCAAAGGACAAGGCGUCAGUGCAACAUUUUAUAUUUUAUGGUCAGCCUGUGUAGUUUACUGGGCUCACAUGUUGAUGUGUCUUUCCGAACUGAAUCCUCAAGACUUUACAGGAUUCGCAGCGACGCGACCUGCUGUCAGUCUGUGUUCUCUCUUCAGUAGAUCAGCUUUCAUUUGACUUCUCUCUGAAAACAGCUCUUUUUUGUGUUGUUGUUGCAAUCCACGCACUGACAACGCCUCAGUGUGUCCGUAGUGAACGUGAGCUCAAACGGACUUUGAUGCGCGAUGGAACACAUCUCCCGAGUGUUCCGGAGCACGCCAUGCUGAGAGCGUCCUCGUUGUUUGAAGAGCAAUGAGGCACCGAAAGAAAUGAGGGGGACGCUCUGAAGUUCAAAGUGGCCGAGCACAAACCCCUGUGCUGUUGGUUAUACUGAGGCGUCCCAACAUGGCAGACUGUCCAACUCUCCCGCAUGAGAGCCGAGCGGGGAAUCGAGGUCCAGUUCAGAAGUGACAGUGCAUGCUUUCUGUCAGUACCCAGGGUGUGUGGGGGGGGUGUGUCCAAACGAGCCAAUGCGGCGUGCUGACAAAAUUAUAUAAGCGUGUGUGUGGGUGUGUGUGUGUGUGUGUGUUUGUGUAUCCAUGUGCGUACGGCUUGUCUUGCGUGUAAAAAGACCAGAGAUUAUGAGGGAGGGAGGACAUUUUCAUUCUUGUAAAUCUGUGCUUAAUACCUCUCUCCCCCUUGAGCAGAUGCCAGAUCCCAAACAGCUUUAUGGAUGGGCGGGCUCUGCUCAGGUUAAUGGCGGUGUCGGACAGCUGCCCAGGACUGGCGAGCGCCCAGCGAGGCCAGGGCCGUGGCUUGACCUUCAAGGACAAUCCUUAAUCCCUCAUCUGGGUUCUAAUUAUCGGUGUUUUUGAAUGAUUUUGGCAGCGAGCCGCCCCGAGGCCCCUAAGAGCAUCCGAAUCGAUCAAAUAUUGAGAUUGAGAAAUCAAAUGAGAUCCGCACUAUAAGGACAUGAUGAUUGUCGCCAUCAGAUGCACUUUGUUGUGUAUGGCCUCUCACAAAAAUCAAACAAAAGAGAGAAUGGUUUUGAACCAUGAAUAUAAUAUAUUUUUUAAAGAUAUAUGGAAUCCAUUAAUUCUGGCACGGCUUAGUGAAUAAAAAUGACGCUUUUCUCUGCUUAUUCAGUCCUUGAUGUUGUUGUGGACGCUUGUUUCAGUUUGUUUUUGAUAAACAGUAUGAAAUAUUGAAAGCAGAGCCUGGUGCUGAAGCCCCAUAAGCAAAUUAAUAUAGUGUAAAUAAAAGAGGCAACAUAGACGUUAACUUUGGUUUCACAUCCAGAACUUCUUUCCUCACUGAGUAGACAAUAGUAUAAAACCCACUGAAAAAGCUUCUUAUAACUGCAGUAGGUUACUGGACAGCACCGAAUGUUACAAAAGACCCACUCAACAUUAGGACUAGAACCUGUCACCAACAUGUUGUGAUUGUCGCUCUUCUGAGUGUCUUUGUCAAAGCUAUUCUGAUGUAAACUCGAGCGUUUUCUUUCCUGUAGCAAAUUGUAUUUUUCUUGUUUUUCUGCUCAUGAUUUUUGUCCAUCAGCAGCUCGUUAUGUGAAAAAAUAAGCAGAAGUACUAAAAGAAUUGCUUAUGUCUAAAUGGUGAACGGCCUUUUGUGAGAACCGUAUGUGCUUUCGCUUGUGCACAGUGUGAACGUCUUCUCGGCUUUUGCAGAAACUAACAGUUCGCUGGCAGCGCAGACAAUGAAGGAAGAACAAGAUAAAGAAUAGAGGAGUGGGUUCUGCACUUCUCUGUCAUGGGAAUGUCCUCCCUGCACCUGGAGAUAGAGGGAACGUGAUUCAGAGGUGACCAUCACAGCAGCAGUUCAGUGAUGGGAUGGAGUUGUGCCGCUUUAGGUAAUAUCCACUAUUACGCUUUCGUUUGAAAAAUGGCCUUUUCAAACUAAAACGAUCUCUGUUGUUUUGGCUCUGUAUCAGUUUCAAUCACAGUCCCCACUCUCACUCCAGAAAACACUAAUCAUGUUACCGCUCACAUGCUUGUGCCUGCCA